CAGAGAGACAGAGAGAGAGAGAGAGAAAAGUUUGCUGAAAAAAAAGUAAGAUCUUCUGCCAGAACAAAAUCAAGGAGGAAGAACAAACAAACAAACAAAAAUAAUUUCUCGAUUGUUGCUCUAAAGCUGUUGCAUCUGUCUAUGCCAAACUAAUCAAUACCAAUUGCACCACAGAACCCAAUUGCAAAUUCAGCUGUGAGGAGAUUACCUUUCAGACAAUUUGCUGAAAGCAGCUUGGAAAUUCUGUGUCGAAGGGUCGGCCACGUUUUCAUGCUUGUGUUUUGGGCUCCAAAUUGGCACUGAGAAUGGGUUAUUGAGAGCACAAGGCUAGUUCCAGGCCCCACUCUGAAACAUUUCUAGACUUGUGAUCCUAGCAUUUCUCUUAAGUCCCAAACCUCUGUCGAUGAACAGUUUUAUGCUGUGAAUUUCUGGUGGGAUUUCUUUCCUUGAUUUUGACAACACGAUUUUCCAUGUACCUUUAAAGAGCAGGGAUUUGGGCACAGAGCAUUUCCAGAGGGGACAUUUUCAUCAUUUCCAGUCUUAACAGUUUGGCUCUGUUUUGGGGGGGUUCGGUUUUGGUUUUGUUCGUUUGUUUCACUGAAAAAAAAAAUUUAACUACCUGUAAAAUCUAAACAUGGCUGUUAGUGUCACACCAAUUCGGGACACCAAAUGGCUCACACUGGAAGUGUGUAGAGAGUUCCAAAGGGGCACUUGUUCAAGAGCAGACACGGAAUGUAAAUUUGCACAUCCAUCGAAAAGCUGCCAAGUUGAAAAUGGACGAGUAAUCGCCUGCUUUGAUUCAUUGAAAGGUCGUUGUUCAAGAGAGAAUUGCAAAUAUCUCCACCCACCCCCUCACUUAAAAACACAAUUGGAAAUAAAUGGACGCAAUAACCUGAUUCAGCAGAAGAAUAUGGCCAUGCUGGCCCAACAGAUGCAACUUGCUAAUGCCAUGAUCCCCGGCGCCCCGCUGCAACCUGUGCCAAUGUUUUCUGUUGCCCCCAGCCUAGCCACCAAUGCAUCAGCAGCCUUUAAUCCCUACCUGGGACCUGUUUCCCCGGGUUUGGUCCCAGCAGACAUUUUGCCGACUGCACCAAUGCUGGUUACGGGGAAUCCUGGAGUCCCGGUGCCUGCAGCGGCCGCAGCUGCUGCCCAGAAAUUAAUGAGGACAGACAGACUGGAGGUAGGACAUAGGAGGGUGAUGGACCCCCCUCGACUGCUUGCUAUUCUUUCUCAUCUCAGAUGUUCUUUGGGCUUGAAAGAGGGCGAUGAUCUGCUCCGUAAGGCAGCAGCCCUGGCAGUCGGGUUCUUGUCUUUAAAUGGAUGUGAUUUUUAAAAAAGCUUUCAUAGGGGGCAGCUGGGUAGCUCAGUGGAUGGAGAGCCAGACCUAGAGAUGG